CCAAAAGUCAUUCAUUCGUUUGCCAAGCUCGCCUUGCACUAAACGCCAGCAUGACUCUUCUUCGACUUUUGGCUUUCGCCUUCCUGGUCCUCAGCACUGCUCAGGCCAAUCCGAGCACCCACGAUUUGGCUUUUGACGUUUACCUGGCCCGCGAAGAAGUGGUUUAUUUCCGUCAACAGUCUGUCACCUACUCGGGUGCUCUGGUCACCUUCCAGGGUAGAUUCGACACCACGGUCCCAGCCUUGGCGGACACAAUUAUCUCCAAACUCCAAGGACUUAAUGUUGAUAUUCAGGAAAUUACUGCCAUCCAAAACCUCUUCAAUAGUGGUUUCCAAACUGUUACUGACGCUGUCAAAAAUAUCGAAUCCACCCUGCAAAAUACAACUGUGACCUCAGGGGGCGUCUUAACGUCUUUGGAUACGAGUGACUGGGUCGCUCUUAGGGAGCAGAAUUCAGCUUUGACUUUGGAGCUGAAUUAUAUUGAUAAUCAAUUCCAGUCUGCAAAGGCCCAGUGGAUCGUAGUCGAGGUUGACCAGGAGAGCAACUUGUAUUUGGCUCUGCAAGGCCAGGAUGCAGGGACAGUUGCCAACGUUAUGGUUGAUUGGGAAGACAUUAAAAGUUUCUUCAAAUCUGAUGGAAUCGUUCUUGAGAAUGAAAAUCAGAUUUUCACCGUUAGAGGGGGAAAGACCCUGGAUUCUCUUCGAAUUGUUCUGGAGCAAGUCCUUUAAACAGAUGUUGAGAGUAAAUAAAUAAUUAUGUAUGAUGGAAU